CCCCUCUAGAGGCUCCUGCAGACUCGAGGCUGUGCUGAGAAGCCGCGGGUCCGGGGGACUGAGGGAGUGAGCCGUGCGCGCCCGGAGGCCCCGGGCCGUCGGGCGCGCGUCUUGUCUCCAGCCAUGGGUUCGGCAGCGCUGGAAAUCCUCGGCCUGGUGCUGUGCCUGGUGGGCUGGGUAGGCCUGAUCCUGGCGUGCGGGCUGCCCAUGUGGCAGGUAACCGCCUUCCUGGACCACAACAUCGUGACGGCGCAGACCACUUGGAAGGGGCUGUGGAUGUCCUGCGUGGUGCAGAGCACGGGGCAUAUGCAGUGCAAGGUGUACGACUCGGUGCUGGCGCUGAGCACCGAAGUCCAGGCAGCGCGGGCCCUCACCGUCGGCGCAGUGCUGCUGGCGCUCGUUGCGCUCUUCGUGACCUUGGCAGGUGCGCAGUGCACCACCUGCGUGGCCCCCGGCCCGGGCAAGGCACGCGUAGCUCUCACCGGCGGCGCGCUCUACGCGCUCUGCGGGCUGCUGGCGCUCGUGCCACUCUGCUGGUUCGCCAACAUCGUGGUCCGCGAGUUCUACGACCCGACUGUGCCCAUGUCGCAGAAGUACGAGCUGGGCGCUGCCCUCUACAUCGGCUGGGCCGCCUCGGCGCUGCUCAUGUGUGGAGGCGGCCUCGUGUGCUGUGGUGCCUGGCUCUGUGCCGGCCGCCCCGACCUCGGCUUCCCUGUCAAGUAUUCGGCCCCGCGGCGGCCCACGGCCACCGGCGACUACGACAAGAAGAACUACGUCUGAGGGUGUCGGGCACAACAGGGCCGCGAGCUGGACUAGCCAGAGGAACUCCGCUUUGGAGGGCGGCCUUCGCUGGAGUGCGCGGCGCACUGGCUCCGCAGAACUCCCAGCUCUGUGCCCAGACCAGACUUUGCCCGCACCCCGUCCUCUCCGGCCGCCGCUAGCCGGCCCUGCUGCCGCGCAAAGCAACGCGCACUUGGGAGGACUCGCUCGGUUUCUUUUUCUGCGUGCAGUGUUGGCUCCAACGUGGGUAGGGCGUGCGCUCCUUUGGCUGUGUGGGCACCAUACUAAAGAUGACGCUCCCUGCCCGACCCUCAGAGUCUCGGAUGCCGGCCACUCCCCAGCGGCUCCUGCUGAUUUUAGAGGCAGCGGGAGAGCACAGGGACCCCAGAGGGAAGCCUACAGCUGGCCUUUAUUCCAUCAGCGGGCUAGCCCCAGGGUAGGGGCGAGAGACUUGGCCUCACCCUAGCAGUUCCCCAGGCGACAACGCUUAUGGGCACCAGAUCCUGGGUGUGGGGCUGGGGCCCUGCCCUCAGUCACAGCUUGGGGGAAGGAUCAAAUCUGCUUAGUAAAUGGUUUGGAUACUCUC